AUGGGGUCAAUCGAUCAAUCUACAAACGCCCAUGUGGACAGCAUCGUAAUGCGAUCUGGCCCUGAGGACGAUGAGGUCUCUCCAAGUGCAGAUCCUCGGCUUGGCGUUGGUGUUUUAGCUGUCAACCACUUGGCCGGUUCCUCGGGGGUUCCUGUUGAUGAAAACAUUCCCAAGGGACCCUCGCGACAGCAGAUCCUCAAGGCUAUUGGAUUCCUACGCUCUAGUAUGGCGCUCAACCGAAUCAAAGGUGAUGAUGAACUUUUCGUUGGAGGGGUUUUUGGUGCCAACCGCGCCCGUCUCAUCAAGGAACACAGAAUCACGCAUAUUCUUUCUGUCAUAGACCAUACAGUGGAUCGCGAAAAUGAGGCAUUUCGUCAUGUGAAGCACCUGAGCAUCGACAUCGACGACAUGGAAGACCAGGACAUACUCAUCCACUUGCCGAAGAUUGUUCGCUUCAUCGAUUCCGGGCUCCGUGGCAUCGACCCUUCCGAUUCCUCAGCUGUUGCAUCCCCUGGUGUGGUUCUCGUGCACUGCGCUAUGGGCAAGUCACGCUCCGUGACCGCAAUCAUUGCCUACCUCCUUUGGAAGUAUCCAUACCGCUUCGGAAAGUCAGAUCCGAACAUAUCAGCGAAGGAGGCUGUGUCGAGAGCCCUGGAGUGGGUAAGGGAAACGCGGCCCAUAGCCGGGCCCAAUGAUGGUUUUAUGCGACAGCUCGAAAUGUGGUGGGACAUGGGAUGUCCAGCUGACAGUGAUGAUGCUGUGGAGAGGGAACCCGCGUACCAACGUUGGCUCUACCAGAGAGAAGUUGAGGACGCUGCACGGAUAGGACGUGCCCCCGAUCGUCUGCGGUUCGAGGAUGAGGCGGCCACGGCCGAAGGAGACAAAAAUGGCAAGAUAAAUGACACAAAUGGAGGAGCUGAGCUGAGGUGCAAGAAGUGUCGUCGGGUCCUUGCCACCACUCCUUUCAUUGUCCCACACAAGGACCGGGGUAAUGCUGAUCGAUCUGAUUGUCCCCAUUAUUUUAUAGAAGCUCUUUCCUGGAUGCGCCCAAUCCUCGAGGAAGGCAAGCUUGAUGGCCGGUUGGCGUGUCCCAACACUAAAUGUGGGGCAACCAUCGGGCGGUACGCCUGGCAGGGCUUCCGGUGCACUUGUGGUGACUGGGUUGGGCCAGCCUUCUCGCUACAGAAGAGUAAGGUUGACAAAGUUGUGACCGGGUCAAGACAGAACAGUGGUAGGAUGGCUGGCAUUUCGAUCCGGAUUCCUCCAAGACCAGUCCCCAGUCAAUCAGUUGUUCCUGAAAAUGGUGGGGAUAAAUGUAAGCAAAACCUCUAA